AUGAUGGUGAUUAAUGCCCUAACUUGCUCAUAUACAUUUCAUAGAGCUGAUUCCGCCUAUGGUCACUUUGCCGCUAUUCUCGUGGUCAACACCAUCGCUAUUGUGAUAAAUAAAUUUAACAUUGAUACUAACAAACGUUUCUAUUUUGAAUCAAUGAGCAAUAAUAUUGCCACAACCAAAACAUAUUCCUUGGGAGAACGUUAUCAGAUAGCACAAAAUAUUCGUGUGUGCAAGUUUAUUUUUCACACGGUCAUCUGGAUAGGUUUACUCAAUGUGAUUUCUGCCCUUUGCCUCCUUGUUGACGAUUUUAAAGUGUCCAUUUAUUACCAGAAUAUCAUUGUGAUUAUAUUUAACUAUUCAUUACUAAUAUAUGGUAUCACGAUUGUGAUAGUCAUGUGUUGGCAUAACGACGGCUUGAAAGCUGAACUGCGGAAAUUGAGAACACAGCUUUGCUGCACUCCAAAAACGCAUCCGGAAUUCGUAAGUGUGGUGUCAACAAUGGGUUAUGAGGCACAUGUGCAUCAGAGACAACACGCUGCUUUCUACUUCAGUAUGCUCAAAAAGGACUGGUCUUAG